AAGAUCUUUAGAUCGAAAUCAGAGACCGUACCCACAAGGAGGGGUGGCGAUUCUGCAGUCCACGGCGGAGGAAAACGAUGGCUUCUACAGAGUCGUCUAGUUCUGCUCGAAAAGUGGUUGUCCUGCUGAGAGCUACUGGGGAUGCUCCUAUUCUCAAACAAACCAAGUUUAAGAUGCCCGGAACAGACAAAUUUAUUAAAGUUAUUGAUUAUAUACGCCGGUCAAUUCAACGGGACACCUUGUUUGUGUUUGUCAACAGUGCAUUCUCACCAGGUCCAGAUGAGACAGUUAUUGAUCUAUAUAAUAACUUUGGAAUUGAUGGGAAAUUGGUUGUAAAUUAUGCCUGCUCGAUGGCUUGGGGCUAAUUUUCAGCAUGGUAAUGCUUAGUGCUGAGGCUGUAAAUAGUAUAUUGUACAAUUCAUUCUAGUACUGUGAUUUUAAACUCAUCCAUUACAAACUGUAGUGUUAGAGUUUCCUCCAUAUUAGCUGCUUUCCCUGACGGAGAAACAAAUCAGUCAAGUUCUAGAGUCAUGCUUGUCAAGGUCUAGAGUUCUGUAAUUAAUUAAUUAUUUAUUUGAUAGACCUCUUUAAUUAAUUGUUUUAACGUUGAAUAUUGAAGCUAAAGGAUAUAUUGUUCCAAAUAGUGAUAUGGAAACCCAAAUUCUUGAUUACCC